AUGCGUUUGUUCAAAGCCAAAAAACUCCCAGAUCCCCCGUAUGCAUCCCCAGAGACAGUCCCAGGAGCGAGUCACGCCGGUACAAACAAUCCAUCGCCUGUGGCAGCCGAUCCGACCCGUAAUGGCAUUAUCAUUUCGAGUUGCACCCUGCCAAAUCCGAUUCACAGCACUACAGAAGCAUCAUCAUUAACAUCGGCACUGUCCAUCAUAAGAGCCACUACACCGGCGUCCAAUGACGAUGACCUGCAACAGCAGCAACAGCAACUACAACGGCGCCAUCCAUCAUCAGCGUCAGCCUCGACAGUGAUAACCUCAUCGAUUUCAUCGGCGACCUCCGGUACCGUAGCUGCUGGUUCGGUGCUGAAGCCUGCACAUUCGGCAGGAUCCGACGUGUCCGAGCCGCAAUUUGCGAAUGAUAAAAUUAGCACAAUUAAUAACAAAACCGAGAAUAUUAGAUUAUUAUCCGAGAGGCCACGCAAUCAAGGUUCCGCUGGCGUCCCGGUGGGCGGUACGGGUGGCACACUAAGGCUGUCACCGGAGCAGCCGCAACAGAUGCAUCAACAGCGUCAGCCUGGCCAGCAUCCGUUGGAAUUGCGGUUUCAGCAGCAUCAGACGCAUCAGCAGCAGCAGCAGCAUCAGCAGCUACAUUCACAAUCCAAUAAAAUAAGCGCAAUCGGAACACUGAUUGGCAGAAACGGAAUUGGUCCACUACCAGGCUACAAAGUGGUUACCGCCGUUCCAGCCAUGGUACUGGACGAAGAACCGCCCACGAUUGCAACGGCGGCGUUGACUGCCACGGUGAAGGAAAGCAAAAAUGUGUUUACAUGGGGACGAAAAAUGGGCAAGAAGUUCGAUCUACUGCGACGCGGUAGUGACGCCCAUAAACUUUCGGCAGCAGCGCCUUCUCCGACACAUACGCCAAGCUGUGUGUCCAUUUUUAACACCGACACGAUCAAAAAGGGUAAAACGAUACCGCUGAAAGCCUACCAACCGAACAAUGAUCCUUUGGUGAAGCUAAAUAACGAGCGUUCGUCCGGAACGUUCAAAAACUUUUUCUAUCGAAUGGGAUCCACCGGAAUGCUGAAUCAUCGAUCGAGUCAAGUUCAGAAACAGCUACAGCAACAAACGCAGAAGCAAGAACCGCCACAGCAGCAAUCGAAUCAACAAACUCCAUCACCUCAACGUACUGGUUAUCCGGCAAAAAAUAAAGUAGACAACCACUCUGUGCUCUACCGAAGCAGCUCCACGAGCCAGCUGAACUCUUCUUCCUACAUCAAGUGUGACGAUCCAACCGAAGGUAUAAAUCUGGUCAACAGCAAUCACAAGAAUGCAGCUAGCAGUACAAAUCUCAACCUAUCACCCAUCAACCACGCAAAUUCGAAACAAUCACCGUCAGCCAAAUCAUCCAGCUGCGACGACAUCGCAAGAGUAGCCGCUACACAGGAUCAGUUAUCUAAGAAAAAUCACUUUCCGUACGCCUUUCUCCGAUCCAAGUUGUCCGUCUUGCCCGAGGAAAAUGGUGGCUCCGUAAUAAACUACAAUCGAAUACGAGAAAAUUUACUACGAUCCGGAAACCGCGGUUCGGUCAUCAGUCUACGGUCCGAGUUGGACAACAUCUCUAUAACAGAUUCGCAGUUGAACAUUUCCGAUCAUGGAGAAACGUUUCUUUCGGGACAUGAUUCCAAGUCAUUGAUAGUUUGCGAUCUGGAUGCUGUGUCUAGCAACACCACGAUGAAAACAUUAAACGACGAGCAAAGCUACGUCGGUAACUACCAAAGAUUGAGCAGUUGUCUCAGCAGCAAUGAGUCCGGUUACGAUAGUGAUGGCCGGCAUGCCGAGGAUAAGAUAGACGAAAACGGAUCCAACUCGGCAGCGAACAGCCUGACACUGCAGCAUGGCUCGGCAAGCGUGGAUUCAUAUGCCGAUGCCAUUCGCAACAAAGAUCAAUCGUACAUGUUUGGAAGUCGACGGCGGCUGUCCUCCACGAGCUCGAUCACCUCCGUACAGAAUAUGGAUUGCAGUGCGAUACGACGACGAUUUCGGCAAAUAAAGCUGGAAAAACAGCGACCUGACGAAGUGAUUGGUAUCGAACUAACACCGCAGACUGUUGGCAUGGACGAAGGAGACUGCGAAACGAGAUACCUGGUGACGGAGAUCGACCCGGAAGGAAUUGCCUACAGAGACGGGCGCCUGCGGAUUGGCGAUGAGAUUGUCAACGUAAACGGGCACCAUUUACGUGGUCUGCAAUCUCCCAGUACGGUACAACGCAUACUAUCGACAUUCGUUAACAAUAUUGUAGACCUUGUCAUUGCGCAUGACGAGCUAACUACGUUCAACACCGACCUGCACCGGAAAAUCAAGAUUGACGCCAGCGCAAGCAAGCAUAUCAGCGAGCUGGAGGUCAAUAGUAGUAAUACCGGAGCGGACGGAUCCAUCACAACCAAUGGCAAUAACCCGAAGCAGCAGCCUAGCCUAGUGCCGGGAUGCAUGACACUGAUCAAUUGUUCAACGCCAAACGCGAGCGGACGCAUCAAGCAGCAGCCGUCAUCGAAAGCAACUUUCCCAUUGACGCCAAUCAGUGCACCGACGGAUUACGUUCCGGUGUAUGCAAAUCGGAUCUCGAUUUCCAAUACCAUCUGUGACGAUGAGAAGUGGCAAAUGUUGAGUAGACAGCGUAGUGAAGCGCUGGCUCGAAAUGGCUACUCACAAAUCCUUGGCGCGAAACGAGUGAUCAAAGAUAGUGAUGAAGAUAUCACGAUCGUUACGCGUGGGGCUCCAGAUGGUGGUCAGCCAAGUGAAGCAGGACUUCACACGCUUUAUCGUCCAGUUUCCCAAGGUAACCUCAGUCGUCAUUCGUCCAUUGCCCAUUUGGCUGAAAAUAACGACAAUGAUCAAGAUAACGUUCAUGCUGGUCCGGCCCGUCCAGUCACGAUGAUUGAGGUAAUUUCUGACACCAUCCGGCGGAAUGUGCCCUUCGGUAGCAUUAGUAAAAGUAAUCGACAGGCGAACCUUGACUACCGGUCGAUCAAAAUUAAGAAGGCGGAGGACAUUCCAAAGACUGUGCAGAGGAUCCGACUGAAAUCUUGCAAUGACACAAGCAUGGUAAUUAGUUCGGAUACGGGACACGACGCCACCGAUUGCUCGAGUGCACACACAAACGACGAAGGCACGCUUCAGCGGUCUAGAACGGAGCAUAACAUUAAUGGUCGAGACGAGUUGGAUGGAACGAAGUCCGAAUCCGGUGUGAGGAUUCUGAUUAACGACGAAGGGUCGUCUUAUAUUGAGGGAAUUCACAAAUGCUCUUACCUGACGGUUACUUACUAUAAAGGUUCUGGUAUGAAGUCACUUGGUUUCAGCAUCGUCGGCGGAAGGGAUUCUCCCAAAGGAAAUAUGGGUAUUUACGUGAAAACGGUGUUUCCUAGCGGACAGGCUGCACUUGAUGGUAACCUCAUAGCUGGUGAUGAAAUAGUUUCCAUCAACGAUGUGCCGGUGCUUGGAAUGAGUCACUCGGAGACCAUAGGAUUAUUUAAAAACAUCAAGGAGGGACCGGUUAUGUUGAAGCUGGCCAGACGAAAGUACCAACGCGCCAAGUCAGUGGAUAUCCUCCCGAACUAA